AUGACAAUGGCGUCGCUAAAAUCCCGUAGUCGGGUCGGCUAUGUCGUCGCGAAAAUGACUGCGGGUACGACACCGUAUCCUUCUAGUCUGUUGGCAAUUGCAAAUGCCUUGGCUUUGUCUGUGGCAGUAUAUAUUUUUGCCACUAUUUCUGGUGGGCAUGUGAACCCAGCUGUGACUUUUGAAAUGGCCAUUGGAGGCCAUAUUAGUAUUCCUAUGAUUGUGUUCUACUGGAUCUCUCAGAUGUUUGGUUCUGUCAUUGCUUGCCUUCUCUUGAGAAUCACUAAUGUUGCAGAGAGGCAUGAUGACCUUCGCUGUGGUUUCUCCACAGCCGGGGACCCGAGAUGCGGUUCUCUCGGCGCCAUUGGACCUCUGGCCAUUGGAUUCAUUGCAGGAGCCAACGUCUUGGAAGCAGUUUAUUGGGUCGAACCCUUGUUUGGUGCAGCAAUUCUUUACGAACAUGUGGUGUUCCCCAUUCAGACCUCUGUCUCUUUGGGAGACAUUGCAUAUGGAAUUGGUGUUUAA